AUGUCUCGUCCGGAAGAUACUCUCCCGCCGGACCUCUUCUACAAUGACGCUGAAUCUCGCAAAUACACGUCCUCUUCCCGGAUAAAAAAUAUCCAGUCUGAAAUGACGCAUCGAGCCCUGGAGCUACUGGAACUUACAUCUCCCUCACUAAUUUUAGAUGUUGGUUGUGGCUCAGGUCUGUCGGGUGAGAUACUGUCGUCCAUCGACCCAUCUGAAGGUGGCCCGCAUACUUGGAUUGGCAUGGAUAUAUCUCCUAGCAUGCUCGAUGUAGCACUUCAACGGGACGUGGAAGGUGACCUCUUCCUAGCCGACAUCGGACAGGGCGUCCCCUUCAGACCUGGAACCUUUGACGCAGCCAUAAGUAUCAGUGCGAUUCAAUGGCUUUGCAACGCCGAGACAAGCGAUGUAAGCCCCGAGGGUCGACUCAAAAGAUUUUUCGAGGGACUAUACGCUUCUCUAAAACGCGGUGGUAGGGCGGUAUGCCAGUUCUAUCCCAAGAAUGAUUCUCAGAGAGGCAUGAUCAGCGGCGCCGCUAUCAAAGCCGGGUUUGGCGCCGGUAUACUUGAAGAUGACCCAGGCACUAAGAACGGGAAGACAUAUCUAGUACUUACCGUUGGCGGAGGUGGACUGCAGGGUGAUAUCACUGGUGUUGUCAAGGGAAUGGAUGACGUUGAUAUCCUGGACGCCAGAAGGAAAGCUAGGGAGGCCGCCAAAGGUCGUCGAGGCCCAGAUCAAUCACAUAUCAAGGGAACCAAAGCUUGGAUAUUGAGGAAAAAAGAACAGAUGGAGAAAAAGGGCAAGGUUGUCAAGGCAACUUCGAAAUAUACCGGACGAAAGAGACGAAUUGCGUUUUGA